ACUCCGUUCAGUCCGCAGUCCGACGGCGAGCGUGUUGGUCGCCGCGUCCGCGAAAAGUCACCGCCCGCGAUCGUCUUCCGAAUGACAAACGCACGAGUCGUGUCGUAUAAUAUUAUAUUCGACUGAACCGCGCCACCGGGUCAGGUGUUCCGUGUACCGCCAACGUAUAUUUUAUUUUCAUAAUUAUUACGAAUCGUAAAUUGUUGGGUGAUAUUAUAUUGGCCGCAUUGGCCCAGUCGCAUCUUCAUUUCGGCGCGAAUGACCAGUAUAUCGAUAUAUACCUACGUACGUUGUAUACGAUAGGUGUUACAAUAAGUGUUUAAAAUAGAUGCAUGUGCAUUAAACGGAUUGACUAAUCGAUUUCGGUUUUUUUGUUUUAUGCCGUCCCAAAUGUCGUACGAUGACGUACUACAGCAAUUUCGGUAGUGGCGGCGUGCACAAAUCCGCCGUCAAACACAACGGAGACGUGAUCGCUUGUCACAAGUGUGGCGGAUAUAAGGUGGUAAACCAUGUGGGCAGAAUGAGCCGCGGCCGGAGAAAACUGUUGGGGUACGGGCUGGUCGUCGGCACGUUACUGUUGCUGGCGUACAAGCUGCGCACGUGCCCCGAACCCGAACCCCAAACCAUGUUCAUGUUGCCGAAAGACAAAUUCGUUACCGACGAAAACAUGAAGAUCUACACUUAUGAUCGAAACAUGCCACUAAUAUUCAUCGGCGGCGUGCCCAGAUCCGGAACUACGCUCAUGAGAGCCAUGUUGGACGCCCAUCCGGACGUCCGGUGUGGCCAGGAGACCCGGGUGGUGCCAAGAAUCCUACAGAUGCGCAAUCACUGGUACAAGUCGUCCAAAGAGUCGCUUCGGCUGAAGGAAGCCGGGGUUUCUGAAGAAGUCAUCAACUCCGCUGUAGCUUCAUUCAUCCUCGAAGUCAUCGCGCGACACGGGGUGCCGGCACCCCGGCUGUGCAACAAGGACCCGCUGGCGCUGAAGUCCAUGGACUAUCUGAAGGUGUUGUUUCCCAACGCCAAGUACAUAUUCAUGGUUCGCGACGGCCGAGCAACCGUCCAUUCGAUCAUAUCGCGUAAAGUGACAAUCACCGGUUUCGACUUGAACAGCUACAGACAGUGUCUGGAAAAAUGGGACGACGCCAUCGGUGUCAUGUACAAAAACUGCAACAAAGUCGGGUCCGGGUACUGCCUGAUGGUGUACUACGAGCAAUUGGUGCUGAGGCCUCGGGCCACGUUGACCGAGAUUCUCAACUUCCUGGAUAUCCCGUGGAACGAGACGGUGCUCCACCACAACGAAAUGAUCAACAAGCCCGGAGGGAUCGCCCUUUCGAUGGUGGAACGUUCGUCGGACCAAGUGGUCAGGCCGGUGUACCAAGAAGCAUUGACCAAAUGGGUCGGUCAGAUACCCGACGACGUGGUCAACGACAUGGCGAACAUCGCACCCAUGCUGAGCACGCUUGGGUACGACCCGGCAGCCAAUCCACCCACAUACGGCAUCCCGGAAAACGAAGCUGUGCCAGAGCAUCAGUACGAAUCGAGUGCCAGUGGAGACACCACGAAGCACACGACCACGCGGAGGAGGAGGCGGUAGUCGAAAAACUUAUAUUAUAUACAUGUUUUUUUUUUCAAUUAUUUCACACUUCUUAUUAUUGUAAUCGUUUUAAGUUUAAAUUGUGUGUGUACAAUGUACAGGUAUCUACUAUAAUAUUAUGAUGUAAUGUACAUGAACAAAAUAAUAUUAAAAAUAUUUUAUGAAUCGCAGAACGGUUUGACAAACGUGUGUACAUAGUUUAUAUUAAAUAAAUAAAUAUAUAUAUAUAUAUAUGUAUAUCAUGAUCAUAAUAUUAAUUGUACGUUUGUAUGUAUAUGUUCUAUGA